CCCUGCGGGCGCGAGAGCUGCCAUGGAGGGGCCCGGCGCUCUCGGCGUCCCCGUCUCCCGCUGGAAAUGCCACAUAGUGCGGCAGCUUCGGCAGCGGGACCGCACGCAAAAGGCACUCUUCCUGGAACUGGUGCCGGCCUAUAACCGUCUCCUAGAGAAGGCGGAAUUGUUGGCCCGGAUCUCAGAGAAGCUGCAGCCAGAGCCAAACGAUGCCACUCCUGCUACCCACCAGGGCCCCUGGGAGGAGGAAUCAGGGCCCGACUCAGACCAAGUCCCAUCACCAACCACUCUGAGGAUGAAGUGGCAAGAGGAGGAGGAGGGGCUUCGGCUGGUCUGUGGUGAGAUGGCCUACCGGGUGGUGGAGCAGAGCGCAGCCCUGGGCGCCCUGGAGUCGACGCUGGAGGAGCGGCAAAACAGGUUGGCGGCGCUGGAGGCCCGCGUGGCGCAGCUGCAGGAGACGCGGGCGCAACACACCCGGCACGUGGACGAGCAGCGGGCGCUGAACGUAGCGCAGCGGGCGGCGUACGAGGCGCUCCGCGCGCGCGCUAGGCUCGAGGAGGCUGCCCUGCGCAGGCUCGAGGAAGAGGCGCGUGACCUGCUGGAUUGGCUCGUGCAGCGCAAGGCGCGCGCCGCCGCCGAGCGCAACCUGCGCAAUGAGCGCCAGGAGAGGGCCAAGCAGGCACGGAUGUCUCAGGAGUUAAAGAAGGCUGCCAAGCGGACAGUGAGCAUCAGCGAGAGCCCAAACACUUUAAGCGAUGGGAUCAGAGACAUGGCUGAGACUGUGGCCCCGACCGCUGAGCCCCUGUCCUUGGAGAGUGAGGCUGGUGUGAAGUGGAAGAGGCCCUUUAGGUCUGCCUCUGCCACCUCCUUGACGCUCUCCCGCUGUGUGGAUGUGGUGAAGGGGCUUCUGGAUUUCAAGAAGAGGAGAGGCCACUCCAUUGGGGGAGCUCCUGAGCAGCGAUACCAGAGCAUCCCUGUGUGUGUGGCCGUCCAGCCUCCUACCCAGGCUCAGGAUGUGCUGAAUGCCCACCUCUCCGAGGUCAAUGCUGUUUGUUUUGGCCCCAAUAGCAGCCUCCUGGCCACUGGAGGGGCUGACCGCUUCAUCCAUCUCUGGAACAUUGUGGGAGGUCAUCUGGAGGCCAACCAGACCCUUGAAGGAGCUGGUGGCAGCAUCACCAGCGUGGACUUUGAUCCUUCGGGCUCCCAGAUAUUGGCAGCUACUUACAAUCAGGCUGCCCAGCUCUGGAAGCUGGGGGAGGCACAGUCCAAGGAGACACUGUCUGGACACACAGACAAGGUGACGGCUGCCAAAUUCAAGCUAACAAGGCACCAGGCGGUGACUGGGAGCCGAGACCGGACAGUGAAGGAGUGGGACCUCGGCCGCGCCUACUGCUCCAGGACCAUCAACGUUCUUUCCUACUGUAAUGAUGUGGUGUGUGGGGACCAUGUAAUCAUUAGUGGCCACAAUGACCAGAAGAUCCGGUUCUGGGACAGCAGAUGUCCCUGCUGCACCCAGGUCAUCCCUGUGCAGGGUCGGGUCACCUCCCUGAACCUCAGCCAUGACCAGCUGCAUCUGCUUAGCUGUUCCCGAGAUAACACGCUCAAGGUCAUUGACCUUCGUGUCAGCAACAUCCGCCAAGUGUUCAGGGCUGAUGGCUUCAAGUGCGGUUCUGACUGGACCAAAGCCGUGUUCAGCCCAGAUAGAAGCUACGCACUGGCAGGUUCCUGGGAUGGAGCCAUUUACAUCUGGGAUGUAGACACUGGGAAGCUGGAGGGCAGUCUCCGGGGACCCCACUGCGCUGCUGUCAACGCCGUGGCCUGGUGCUACUCUGGGAGCCAUGUGGUGAGCGUGGACCAGGCCAGGAAGCUUGUGCUCUGGCACUAGUGCCAUGACUCCUGCCUGGGCUGGAGUUCUAGUCUAAAGCCCGAAGCCAGAGGACAGCGUCCCACUGCUCACAGGGCUCCAGAACCUGUGGAUAUGGCGUGGGGUAGGGGGGAAGUGGCGGUGGCCUUGGGGCAUUUAGUGGAGAAUAAGGCCUGGCAGGACCUGGCCAGUCUGUUGAAAAACAAAGUGUGAACAAAGUGUGU